GAAGAUCCCGAGUUGCAGCUGUGGCAGUGCAGUUAGGUUUUGCUCCAGCACUAUAAUUUUUGGUAUUUGAUGGUUUGUUAUAUCAACCCGUGGUUCUUCUUUGAGAGGUGAAAUUUUGAAAUUCAACCAAUAUGAGUGGAGGCAGGCGAUUGGUUGAGGCUUUGCAGAGGAUUGGCUUUGGAGAGUCACAUGAUCUUCAAGCUGAAGGAUUUGAUUGGAUGUUUGAUGAUGAGGCGGUGACACCCUUCUUGGAGUGGUUCUGUGAUAAUGUGGGACCUUCCAACCUGCUGUCCGAACAGGAGAUUAGAGAGUUUAAGAUACUGGAAUCAUCUGGUGAGGGCAUCUUAGAAGGCGAUCAGUUAGAGGAUGCUCUGAAGAAUGCAUCAGUACCAGAUGAGACACAAGAACUCUCUCCAGAAAUGCUCAGGGACAACAUUUUGCAGAUGGAAGAAGAGCUUCAAGCAGCUGAAAGUCGGAAAGAACACCUGCUGCAGCAGAGAAAUAAACUCAGCCUUCAUCACACAGCCUUAACCCACAGACUGACCAAAAUGGGUCUGGUCGAAUCGGCAACGAAAAACCAGUACAAGAAGAAGCUUGAACAGAACCAAACAGACAAUGUUCAGAUGAACACAGCCCUGGAGAGACUAUGCCAGUCUACUAAAGACCUGCUGGAGUUGUAUCACCGGAUAGACAGCUUGCACUCUGCCACUGGUUCAUCAAACACAUCCCAGGAUGCCGCAUUCCUGUCCCAGCAGCCUCUUGGGCAUUAUCACCACUCAGAAGAACGAUUCACCCAAGAGUUGACAAGUUUCACCAAAAAGCAGUUUUUUGAGGGCAUUGCUGAUCUUGUGGGGCAUGAUGAGGGUUCACGCUACCAGAUCCUAGACAUCAGUAACCCCAGCAGUCUGGUCAUCAGAGGAGAGAAGCAACACGUGACAAACAGUGACUGCAAAGAACUAGCCAGACUCCAAGCACUCUAUCCGACAAGUCAGAGAAGGCGCAUCAAAGCUCAAGUUGAGGAAGCACGUCUGCUGGCGGCCUGCAACUUCACUGGUGACAAGCUGCAAUCCCUAGGCAAUCAUGGCUACCCAAGCAACGUCACUGAGCUGAGUGAUAGACUAAAGGAGUUGCAAUGCAAACUUCAGACUGUCCAGAGGAUUGGGUCAAAGGUCGCAGAGACUGAUCUCCAUGACCUGAUCCAAGAGAAUGCAAUGCUGCAAGCUACUAGAGUCUUGUAUGGAGACUACAACCUGAAGAUUAUGAGGCAGGAUUACUUUACGUCCAAACAAGAUCAACUGAUAGAACAGUUGAUCAAUCAGCAAUCUCGUCACAAGUUCCUACUGAUGUCAUAUGAGGUAGAGGCCCACAGACAUCGGGAGACUCAUCGCCUUCUGACCGCUUCAGAGCAGUUACUGUCAAGAAAUCUCCAAGCUCAGCAAACCAGAAUGCGUAUGAUGUCAGACCCUAGUCUAGCGCCACCAUCAGGUACCCGUAGCACCAUAGACAGCCGAGAUGUGUUCAUUAAUAGACUACACAACAUCAUUGUUGAUGACAAAGAAAGGAACGGUCACCAACAGCUAUUCCUGACCUAUAGUAGCCUGCUAGAGGGCGCCAGACAGCUUGCCGAAAGACUGUCUUCUGUUCAGGAGAUGCUGUCGUCUACAAAUAGUAGUCAGGACAGCCGGCUGGCGGAUUUGGAAACGACGCUCAAAAGAUGUGAAGACAUGGUGUAUGCCGGCUCGGCAACGAUUGAUGGCCAGCCUGUCCUCAGCCCCCUAGAGUUGAUGAAUGGAAUGACCCGAUUAGAUCAAACGCUACAGAAACUGGAGCAGACCAUUCGGGAUAUAAUAGGGGAGUACAAUAACAAACUGAAGAUGUUAAAAGGAGACCCAUUGCUGGCCAAGCAGCGUCGGCUGUUCGUGUAUUUCCUGACCGAUCCACCUAGACUGCGCCGUACCGUCAGUGAGCUGUCACAGAGAUUGGAAGCCCAACUCGUCACAUAAGGACAUCUAAAAGGGUAGAAUAAGAAUAGAACAUUGUAGUGUGGAACUUGGAUCGCAUUCAUUUACUCAAACGCAACUCUUAUUUGACAGGGUAUCAGUUAACUAUGAUGUACAAACUGACUGAAUCAUCCUUUUCAAUUAAGUUGGAGGGAGGAAAGAAUGUAGUAUCUAGAUGCCCCUUUUUCGGUCAUGUACAAAGUCUAUGGAGAGUUGAAUGCAUUUUCAAAGUAUUUUCCAACAAAAUUGGAAAUGUUUCU